AUGUCACUGGCGUCCGCAAGAGGAACAAAGGGAGCGACUCCAGCCGAAGUUGUGCUGCAACCGCAGCUCAAGAGCUGUCUUGUCAAUCUUCCAUCCUCGUUGGUGUCGGUGUUAGUCAAUGCGAACACAGUAGCUCAGAAUGUGGUCGUCGAGCUCAGCUUCCGGCAGGCGGCACCGCCUGGCGACAAGAGUACUGCGUCGCAAGCACGCUCGGUAUACCUAGGAUGGACGGGCAUGCAGAGCCAGACCAGAUUGGCUCCCAUAGUGUCACGGAACGGAAUACAAGGGACAAGAGGAAACGCUGCUAGACAAGAUCAAGAUGUGGCUGCCGUCGAGUUGGAUUCAACAUUAGCAAGAGUACUGGGCAUAAGCGACGGCCUCAAGGUUGGCGUGAACCUGCACAUUGAUCCUCCGCAGGCACAUACUGUCAACAUCGAGCCACUCACCCCUACCGACUGGGACAUCAUCGAACUGCACGCCCGCUUCCUCGAGACGAACUUCCUUUCCCAAGUCCGAGCCCUACCCAAUCCUCACUUCGCAGGCAACCACACCCCACGGCAUCCCUUGACCUUGCACCUCACCCCUACCUCCAGUGCCAACAUCCUGGUCACUACCCUCAGUCCAGCUCCAGCCUCGACCCAAGCUUUCGUCAAGAUCUCGCCUGAUGCAGAAGUCAUUGUCGCUCCCAAGACCCGCCAGUCGCGAAGCUCGGAUCGCUCGAGUCGCAGUGUCGCCAGUACAAGUAGAAAGAGCGUCGGAGGAAGAAGCACUGCCAGUACUGUGAGACAUCCAGCUACAAGAGAAGAGGCACCUACACGACCUCCUCUGUUUUUGCGCGGCGUCGACCGUGCUGUCGCUGCCGAGUACUUUGACGAAGAAGAACCGAAAGAUGCAGAUAAGGGCUUGAGGAUAUGGGUCGACAGCGACCAUCUGCUGUCCAAGAGCUUGAAAGGGGUGACAUGGGUCUCGGUCUCGGUUGUGAGACCAGCAAGCUUGGAAGAGCCUGUUGACCCACAGACUCAAGCCAUGGACGCUGAGAAAGUCGCUUCCAAGAUUGUUGCCAGACUAUACGCUUGGGAAGAUGCUCCGGAUAGUCAACACACCGCUUUGUCCUCUCUGCUUCUUGCCGCAACAGGCUCUUCUGGACUGGUCGGAGGUAUUGUCAGAAUUGAAGCUGCCCCACCACAACUCCCCAAGACCACUUCUGCCAUGAAGAAAGAGUCAAAGGAGAAAGAUGUUGUGGUCAAGGGCCUUCGAGUGUUCCCUUUUGGAACUGCUCAAUCGAACGGCCUGAAGUUUGGAGGUGAAUCUACUGCUGAAAAGGAAGCAGCUGCACGAAAGCUGAGAUUAAUCUUUGGUGAUGGUCAAGAUGGCUCAAGUCUACUUGACGGUCCCUUGACAGACGGCAUGCUUUUGCCAGCCGAGACCGACAAAACUAAAGAUCAUGCAUGGCCGGGCGGUAUUUUACGAUUCGACCCUUCGCCAAGCAGCACAGAGGAGCAUCCUAUGAAGAAGUCUGCGGAUUGGCUGAUGGGAACUGAACGUAGAUUGACGAUAGAGGUCCAGCCAGAAAUUGCGAAACCUUCGGAUCUGACUCGAGGGACUCCCGGUCACGACAUACCAACGUCACCACCGGAAAUGGUUGGUAUUGAGACUCUCACAGCUGAACUUGAAAGCCACCUUCUGCAUUCUUCGUCGAUAUUGCUCACAGGAGGCCUUGGCUCAGGAAAGACUUCCCUGGCACAUUUACUUGCCAACAGACUUCGAAAAGAGCAUUUAUACAACGUCACAUACUUCUCAUGUCGGACUCUUGUCACAGACGAGACACGCGUAUCUACCAUCAAGGAAGCGCUACAAAGACUCUUUGGUGCCGGAGCAUGGGGUGCCAGGCUUGGCGGUCGUGCUUUGGUCGUGCUAGACGACAUUGACAAGCUGUGUCCGGUGGAGACAGAAAUGCAGGUUGGUAAUGACAAUGGCCGCAGUAGGCAAGUUAGUGAGCUUCUCUGCUCUAUCGCAAGACAAUACUGCUCGCGAGAGACCGGCGUUGUGCUACUAGCCACUGCGCAAGCAAAAGAAUCUGUCAACAAUGUUGUCAUUGGCGGACACGUUGUUCGUGAUAUCUUGACGCUGAAAGCACCAAACAAGGACGGUAGACGAAAGGUACUUGAAUUGCUGGUACGUCAGAAGGAUGUUGAACAGCCCAAACACUCAAGAUCUCACAGCGAUGGUGCUGCGUGGAUGGGCGGUUCUGAGGCUGGAGAGCAGGCAGAUGAUCCUGAAGGUUUCGAGGUGGAUCCUGCGAUCGACUUCUUGGAUGUCGCUGGACAGACUGAUGGUUAUAUGCCUGGAGAUUUGACUUCACUCGUCUCGAGAGCUCAAAAUGAAGCUCUUAUCCGAAUUGUCUCGGAAGAUGCAGAAGAUCCACGAGUUUCGCUGACCAGGGAAGACUUUACAGCUGCGCUCAAAGGCUUUACACCGGCGUCUCUGCGUGGUGUUACCUUGCAAACAUCCACUACUACUUGGUCUUCGAUUGGUGGUUUGAAAGAGACGCGGCAGACAUUGAUGGAGACUUUGCAAUACCCAACGACAUAUGCACCCAUCUUCGCACAGUGUCCUCUUCGUCUCCGAUCUGGUCUGCUGUUAUAUGGUUAUCCAGGAUGCGGAAAGACAUUGCUCGCCUCUGCCGUAGCAGGAGAAUGCGGCCUCAACUUCAUCUCCGUCAAAGGUCCCGAGAUCCUAAACAAAUACAUCGGAGCCUCUGAAAAGAGCGUCCGCGAUCUCUUCGACAGAGCAGAAGCGGCACGUCCUUGCGUCCUCUUCUUUGACGAAUUCGACAGUAUAGCGCCCAAAAGAGGCCACGAUAGCACAGGCGUCACCGAUCGCGUAGUCAACCAAUUGCUCACCCAAAUGGAUGGUGCAGAAGGUCUUUCGGGCGUAUAUGUUCUCGCUGCUACCAGUCGCCCCGACCUUAUCGAUCCUGCCCUGCUUCGUCCAGGUCGUCUGGACAAAAGUCUGCUCUGCGACAUGCCAAACACAGAAGACCGUCUCGACAUCCUCCGCGCCGUGACAAGCCAACUCAAAAUCGACCCUUGCAUCCUCGACUCCUCGUCCUCUACCCAAAGUCUUGCGGAAAUAGCACGUCAAACCCAAGGCUACUCUGGCGCAGAUUUACAGGCUGUAAUGUACAAUGCACAUCUAGAAGCCAUCCACGAUGUCCUCGGCCCCACUGAAGAACUCGGGAAUGGUGAUGGCAGCGAAAAGUCUUUACGCUCGAAAAACAAGUAUAGAGAUUUUACGCAUUUCAGAUAUGAUGAUGCUUCGCUGGGCAAGACGGCAAAAACAUCUCCAACGCCACAAUAUCUUGCCGAAAGGGCAAAUAUCUCUGCUCAUUUGUCUACUAUGGAAGCUGCUCGAAAACGCGCAAAAGCCUCUUCUUCUUCUUUCUCGCCCUCUUCCUCUGCAACCGCAAAUGGCACAGCAGCGGCAGAAGAAGACAAAGAAGCGGGAUCUCAAGAGCCUAUGAUUUCUUGGAAACACAUACUCAAGAGUUUGGAGCAAACUAGACCUAGUAUCAGUAAAGCAGAUCAGAGAAGAUUAAGCACGAUAUACAGAGAGUUUGUGGUGGGAAGGAAUGGGGAGAUGGCUGAUGGGGAGGCUGGGACGGAGAUUGGGGGACGGUCUACUUUGAUGUGA